GAAGUUUGGGCACAGAGACACAGAGGCAAGAGACAUGUGAAGGCAGAGGCAGAGACUGGAAUGAUGCAGCUGCAAGCUAAGGAAUGCCAAGGACGGCCAGCAACCACCAAAAGCUAGGAGAGAGGCAAGGAAGGAUUUUCUCCUAGAGUCAUCAAAGAGAACAUGGCCUGCUGACAUCGUGAUUUCAGAUUUUUAGCCUUCGGAACUGUGAGAAAAUAAAUUCCUGUUUUUUUAAGCCAUCCUGUUUGUGGUAAUUUGUUAUGGCAGCCUCAGGAAAUGACAACGUCAGCCAGUGGCCAGGGAGGACCUGAAGCCUGCCAACAGCCACGUGAGUGAGAUUGAAAGAGAAUCUUCUGCCGCCUGCUGACAGCUGGGCUGACUGAGCUCGGAAGUGGAUCCUCUCCUGUCCCAGUCAAGCCUUGAGAUGACUGUAGCCCUAGACGACAACUUGAUUGCAGCCUGUGAGAAACCUGGAGUCAGAGGUACCUACCAAAGCCACUCCUGGAUUUCUGACCCCCAGAAACUGUGAGGUUAGCAACAUUCUUCUGCUCCAGUACACCUGAGGAAUGUGAGCGACUCACUAAGACAGCGGCAACGAAUAGCAAAUACUGCAUGAAGAACAGAUUUAAGAUAAAAUAGACUACCCAGAAAACAGCCUCCGCCGCACUGCACUGAGUAUAUGCAAACACAUCAAGGAAAAAGCCUGCUGGAGGUGAUGCUUCUGUAAAGCGAAGGAGAAGAGACGGCGUGAGAAUGUCAGCCCUCAACUGGCAGCCGUUUGUGUACGGGGGUCUGGCCUCCAUCACGGCCGAGUGUGGUACCUUUCCGAUUGAUUUAACCAAGACCCGGCUCCAGAUUCAAGGCCAGACGAACGAUGCCAACUUUAAAGAAAUUAGGUAUCGAGGAAUGUUGCAUGCACUCGUGAGGAUAGGCAGAGAGGAAGGGCUGAAAGCGCUGUAUUCGGGGAUUGCCCCCGCGAUGUUACGCCAGGCAUCCUAUGGCACCAUCAAGAUAGGCACUUACCAGAGCCUGAAGCGAUUAUUUGUUGAACGCCCAGAAGAUGAAACCUUACCCAUAAAUGUCAUAUGUGGAAUUCUCUCUGGAGUCAUAUCCUCAACCAUUGCUAAUCCAACUGAUGUUUUGAAAAUUCGGAUGCAAGCACAAAGCAACACCAUUCAAGGAGGCAUGAUAGGCAACUUCAUUAACAUUUACCAGCAGGAGGGAACAAGAGGACUGUGGAAGGGUGUAUCCCUUACUGCUCAGAGGGCUGCUAUUGUUGUUGGCGUGGAGCUGCCCGUCUAUGACUUCACCAAGAAGCAUCUGAUUCUCUCGGGCCUGAUGGGAGACACUGUAUAUACCCACUUCCUUUCAAGCUUCACCUGUGGUCUGGCGGGGGCCCUGGCCUCAAACCCUGUUGAUGUUGUGAGAACACGUAUGAUGAAUCAGAGAGUCCUUCGAGAUGGCAGGUGCUCUGGCUACACAGGUACCCUGGAUUGCUUGUUACAGACGUGGAAGAAUGAAGGGUUUUUUGCUCUAUAUAAAGGGUUUUGGCCAAAUUGGUUGAGACUUGGUCCUUGGAAUAUCAUUUUCUUUGUGACAUAUGAACAGUUGAAGAAACUGGAUUUGUGACAAGACAAGGCUGCAUGAGACAUCCCUCUGAAAAUGCUAACUUCUGAAACAGUAAAGCUUCCUGUGUUUCCCUCUGCUUCUCACUGCUCGGCUCAUCACAGAUUCCAGGGUGUGAGCAACACAUGAAGAUUGGGUUAGUUCAGAUUGCUGUGUGUUGGCAUUGGAUGCUCUUCAUCAAACGUUUAAUGGCACAAACUGUAACAUCCAAACUCUUGUCUUUACCAUUGAAGCGCCCUUUGACAUCAAAGAUAAUAUAGGAUAAUAUAUGAAAUGCAUGUUUCUUGCUAAAGAAAACGUGCAAGAAAAUCUGGAGCUAUGUGCUGUUUUCUCCAGGGAGAGUAGCCCUGAUAUAUCCCUGCUUGUAGCUGAGAAUAUCAGACUACUCUAAAGAAGCUCAUCGGAAUCGUGGAAUGGAGUCUCCAAGAGGGUAUUGUUCCUGAACUUCUGGGAUCUUUCGCUUCUUGUCAGUGGAAGAAAUAUCAUGAGUAGAAACCUGGACUUUUCAACCCCAGGUAUAAACAGUGCAGGAAGUAGAUCCUUGGAAUAUUGCACUGCUUUGUAAUUUCCUAUUUCGGCAGGAUCUUUCACUUAUAAUAAGUGAUUGUAAGUCUUUGAAGACUUGACCUUUGUGAGGAAUUGUUACACUGUAUCAAUAUCUAAAUUCAUGGUGAUGUUAUACGUUGGCUUUGAAGGUUGUAAGGUCUGUACUGGUGGGAAGUAUUUUUAAGCAGUUUGGAUUCUGACUUAGGUAAUGUUAGUGAUUAUUUCUAUGCUUUUUGUUCUUUGGGUUUUUUUUUUUUUUUGACAAGGGUUUUGUUCUGUUGACCAGGCUAGGGUGUAAUGGUGUCAUCAUAGCUCAGUGCAACCUCAAAUUCCUGGGCUUAAGCCAUCCUCCUGCCUCAGCCUCCUGAGUAG